AUGAACACCUCAGACCCCGUUGAGCAAGUCCUCGUGACGCCCGAGCUUCUCGAGCUCAUCCUAGCCCAACUCGACAUCCGCACGCUGCUCACCUCCGCUCAGCGGGUCUCCCGCAGCUGGCAUGCUCUCAUCCAAGAUUCACACCCGCUCCAAGAAGCCCUUUACUUCCGACCCAUCAAGCCUGAAUGUAGCACAGCAGACCAAAGAACCACCAACCCGCUCCUCGCCCAGGCAUUCUCGCCCAUCUUCACCACUCCCCCAUUCGGCGUUGCCCUCACCCUCAACACAUUGGACCUGAUGACCCACCCCGCCAAACAACGCGCCUACCUCCGACCAGACGCCAGCUGGCGCCGCAUGCUCGUCACGCAGCCCCCGGCCACUUCCUUCGGGCAUCUAACGUCCACCCAUGGGCAGUGCGGAGAUGAUUACAGGUUAGAGGUUUGGAAACCCAACCCCGACCAGGAAAAGCACAAGAGAGAACGCGAGGGCCUCCGCAUGGCGCCCCUUUUCGAGCUCGCUCUCUCCAACGCCCUCCUCCCAUCCAUCUCUGAUUCUGCUAUCAUUUGGUGGGGUCACGGUAGCGGGUCUAAGGAGACAAAGAUCUGGGAAUGCGUGAAGAAACUGGGAAGCCCGCAGUUGCCGGAUGUGCUGAUAUGCGGAUUCACGGUGUUGUCAUGUGUGGUUUCGUGUGAGGAGGAGGAUAAUCCUAUUCUAGCGGUGCAGAGGGAGGUGCAGUUGGGGUAUAAGGAGGCGGGGUUGCGAUGGGAGUUGUUGGGGGAGGAGUGGGCGAGGGAGGUGCUGGAGGCUAACGUGAUGCGGUAUUGA